AUGUCUGCUUCCACAUGGCAGUCCAAUCGUGAUAUUUCCGCUGGCUUCAUCCAAUCCGUCGCCUCUCGUCUAGGCUUCCCGCAGCGCACCAUCGCUACCGCACAGCAAAUCUACCAGCGCUUCCACCUCUUCUACCCACCCUCGGAUUUCGUGCUCCACGAAAUCUCCGUCGCGGCUCUCUUUGUCGCUGCCAAGCUCAACGACACCCACAAGAAGCCGAGAGAUCUACUCCUGGCGAGCUACGCACUUCGCUUCCCGCAACUCGUCAAAGGCGGUGGCAUCUCUUCGACUUCCGAUGCUACACUUGCGACCACCUCCACAGCAGCCACAGACGAGCCAAACUUCCCCACUCUGGCAGGUCAAAAACGCAAACAUGCAGUCACUGCCACCGCCGAAACAUCAUCCUCACCUCGUCCGCUAGCCAUGGCCAUCGGAAGCGUCGGAGAAGCCGACGUCGAUCCCAACAUCAUCGAGACCGACCGCAAACGUCUUUUGGCGCUCGAAAAGCUCAUACUCGAGAGCCUCUGUUUCAACUUCCACAGCAACGCGAAUGUGGCGCUCAAGAUGGUGAUCAAGUUGGGAAGGAGGUGCGGGAUGUCCAAGUCGUUUAUUCGGACGGCGUGGAAAGUGGCUGCGGAUAUGUUUCGCACUUCGGCGCCGAUGCAGUAUCCGCCGAAUGUGAUUGCUGUCGCUGCCAUGUACGCUGCUGCGCUGUUGGCGAGACCUCCGUCUAGGACGACGGCUACGGCAGGGCAGGAACGGACGCACGAGGACGAUGCUGUCGUCGUGUUUUUGAGUAGCAUCAAGGCGGUCUCUGCGACACCGGCACCGGUAUCGUCCGAUUCGAUGUUGCCAAGCGGGUCAUCGACCGUACCGCUGUCGGAACCAUUUCCGGGCUGCGAUGCGGAAUGUCACGUUCACGUGGAAGACGUCGAAGAAGCGGUCCACGAACUCCUCGAUCUCUACCUUGCAUGUACAGCGCAACUUCCACCUUCUCUGUACAUGUCCUCCUCCACUGCCACAACAGGACUUGGCUCGAGCACCUCGGCUGCCACCCCAUCCCCCCUCUCGCCCGCAGAUCCACUCGACGCCUACGCCGCAUCCCCGUCCUCAUCCAGCGGUCUCAGCGACCCCUCGCAACCAGCAAGCGCCCGCAAAAAGCUCAAACAGUACGAAUAUUCCCCGCCGCCAUUCGCCCUCGUCGACUGGCUCAAUUCCUCCCGCUGCGUUCAACUCCAACAUCAAACCAGCGCUUCCAAACUCGAUCCGACAGCACCCACAAAGGAACUCUCUUCGCUUCUCACCGAUAUCAAAAUCUACCUCAGAGGCAUCGAGUACGAUCGACAGAAGGCAGACGAUUCGUACCUCGCUGAGCGUAAUAUCUUGGCCGAAGCUAAUGUGGUUCCUUUGCCGGGAUGUGAUCCAACUACACCGGGAGGAGUGGGUCAAUUGAUGGCGGCGUAUUCGGUGACGAUUGAUCUGAAACCAUUGGAUUUGGACGGAGGGAAGAGUAGCGAUGAGGUGUUGGCGGGUUUCGGAGGCGGGAGUGAGAGGGCUGUGGUGGAGAGGAUCAGGAGGAGGAAAUUGGUAGCUGCGUUGAGGUUGACUUUUGUAGAACCGCGGGUGGAGAAGACCUCGGAUGUGGGGAUGGCGGCGGUGAGGAAGAGGGAUGAGCAGAAGCAAGAGGUGCCGAAACAGCAGAAGGGGACGGGGGAGGUGGAUAAGUUGCAGGUCGUCAGCAGCGAUGCUGCUCCGGCGAAACGGAAUCGCAUCGAACAGGCGAAACGUUACCUCUUCUAG